AUGCCUGUGAUUCCUAUUAAUCAUUUUGAAACUCUGCAGCUAAAAUUGUUGAAAAGAAUAGCUACAGUGAAAGAUGAUGGAACAGUAGAAUUUGAAGUUCCAGGAGAUGCCGAAACCCAGGCUUUUGGUGUUGGAUAUGAAAAUGUAUAUAAUGUUGACGUGGAACCUCUCGAUGAGACAGAGCCUGGAUACAUUCCACCACUGCAAAUAGUAAUGCUUAUUGUUGGAACGCGUGGUGAUGUGCAGCCAUUUGUUGCUAUUGGCAAACGAUUGCAGGACUACGGCCAUCGUGUUAGACUGGCAACUCAUUCAAAUUUCAAAGAGUUUGUCUUGACUGCUGGGCUGGAGUUCUAUCCUUUAGGUGGUGAUCCAAAAAUUCUUGCGGAAUACAUGGUUAAAAACAAAGGAUUCUUGCCAUCUGGACCUUCAGAGAUACCCAUUCAACGAAAUCAAAUGAAGGAAAUAAUAUAUUCUCUACUUCCAGCAUGCAAAAACCCUGAUGUUGAUACUGGGAUUGCUUUCAAAGCAGAUGCAAUAAUAGCUAAUCCCCCAGCAUAUGGGCAUACACAUGUGGCGGAGGCAUUGAAAGUUCCGGUUCAUAUAUUUUUCACGAUGCCAUGGACUCCAACCAGUGAAUUUCCUCAUCCUUUAUCCCGUGUUAAGCAACCGGCUGGAUAUAGACUGUCGUAUCAAAUUGUUGAUUCAUUGAUUUGGCUUGGAAUACGAGACAUGAUAAAUGAUCUGAGGAAGAAACAAUUGAAGCUACGACCAGUCACAUAUUUAAGUGGUUCACAAGGCUCUGAGUAUGAUGUCCCACAUGGAUAUAUUUGGAGUCCUAACCUUGUUCCUAAACCAAAGGGUGCUGACUUCACAUCGAUUAUGUUCGGAUAAUGAUUUCUUAGACAUCUUAACCAUUAAGAUCAAGUACUUUUAGUAUGUGUAGCACAGUUUACUGUAGUGCAUAUUAUAAAUGUCUGUUUUUUUUCCCCCGAAAUCUAAGAACUCUAGUCAUCAUAUAUAAUUUCGUGAAAUCUAAGAACUCUAUACUUUGUCUAUACAAUUGUUUUGAUUGUGCCUCCCUCUCUCCCCUCCCCUGUUUUUGGUUGUGGAUGGGGGAGUUGCAAGUUGAGGAGGCUGUUGCAAGUAAUAUAUUUAGGAAGAUGAAUUAACUAAUGGAAGUUUGUG